AUGUCAGACCGCAAAGAUGUGCACACCAGUGCCGAGCCGCACCGCUGUCACUCUCAAAAUGAUGUAGAGAAGACGACGGCUAUGGACGCUCAUGUUGAGGACUCAAUGGUAUCUGGGUAUGUCGACCCGACGCUCCAGCUCGACUCGACAGAAAACGCGCGAUUGUUGAAAAAGAUUCACUGGCGACUCCUUCCAGUCAUGUGUAUCGCGUACAUAACUCAGUCGCUGGACAAGGGCACACUGGGUACUUCGUCCAUCAUGGGCUGGCAGAAAGAUGUUGGCGCCGUCGGCCAGGACUAUGCCCUGACUUCCACCUUUCUGUGGGCUGGUGUCAUUGUCGGCGAGCCGGUGGUGAACCAGCUGAAUCGACGACUUCCCGUGGCGAAAGUGCUUGGUGUAUCCAUGCUGAUGUGGACUGCGCUCGUUUUUGGUCUCGCGUUUACCAAAAACAUCCCCGGUGUAUGGGCUAUUCGCUUCCUGCUCGGUUUCUUCGAGUCAGCUUUCGCCCCUUGUCUCCUGGCCAUCACUGUUCAGUGGUACCGCAAGAAAGAGCAGGCCAUGGUCACCACCAUUUGGCAAGCAGCAUUUGGGGCUGCCCAGGGAUUCUCUUCUCUUAUGGGAUAUGCCUUCAUCAGAGUCGGGCGCAGUCAUGGCCUUCACGGCUGGCAGUGGCUUCAUAUUCUCGUGGGGCUACUCUCACUAAGUUCCAGCAUCAUCAUCUUGGUCUUCCUCCCAGACUCCCCCACCAAAGCCCGCUGGGCUACAGAGCAAGAAAAGAUCAAAUUUGUCGAAAGAGUCCGCGAGAAUGACCAGGGUAUUCAAGCCAAGCAUUGGAAAUCUGAUCAACUUAGAGAAGUUUUCCAUGACCCCCUCGCCUGGCUUCUCGUCGCCAUGAUUCUCGUCCAGACCAUGGUCAAUGGCGGCCUCUACACCUUCAACGCCCUGCUUAUCAAUCAGGCAUUCGGAUUCGACGCCGCAACAGCUCAGCUACUGGGCAUUCCUCUGGCUGUAUUCACAAUCUUCCUAUACCUCCUCAUUGGCUGGCUGGUCACCAAGACCGGUCAAACCAUCUACUGCAUCAUUUCCUACGUAAUCGUCAACAUGGUCGGCUCCAUCGUCCUUAUCACGGUAGCCCCCAAUAAUCAGACCCGUGGAGGCCUCCUCGUCUGCUACUACUUUAUGCAGUGUAUUCAGGCACUCAACCCUGCCAUGUACUCUCUGCUUUCACGCAACGUCGCAGGACAUACCAAGCGGUCCAUCGUAUAUGCUUUGUUCUUCGUCGCUUGGGCUGGAGGAAAUGCCAUUGGCCCUCAACUGUUCCAGGCCAAAUGGGCGCCGAGAUACUUCAACACUCUGUACAUCCAUAUUGGGCUCUAUGUAGCCUUGAUUCUUAUUCUGCUUGUCAUGCGGUUUUUGAUAGUCAGGAGAAACGCCGCGCGAGACGCAGCCCUCGUCGGCGAAAACAUACACGCGCACGCUUUCGGAGACAAGACGGAUCUCCAGAACGCCGAGUUUCGAUAUUCGUACUAG